UAACUUCUCGUAUUUUGAGGUGUUUUGCAUCGCUUGCGUGCUGCGGAGGAAAGCAACAGUGGAAGGCACGAGGAGAGGUUUGCGAAGGACAGGAAGAUUGCCGCAAUGACGCGGCUGGGAGCGUAGCCUUCCGUAUUUCUAGGUUGUUCUUCGGAAGCGCCACAAGUGCGUGAAACCGACGAGGAAAGACGAUUGACGUUCCGUGCUCUGACGGAAGCAAACAGCGCAUUACUUCCGGUACCAUCUAGCACCGUCUGCUCAGCUCAAGAUGGAGACUGAUGUUGCGUUGCUGUUGGGAAUCAUCGUUGUUCUCAUUCUUCUCUUGUUGACGCUGCUCGGCUUUCUCGGUUACUCUGGCCUGUUCGCGCCGAUAGACAUUAAGGCCGAGAAGCCGCCCUUCAAUGAGUUGAAGGUAGCGUACAAGUUCUCUCGGGGCUCGUACAAAAAUUCGGGCGCUCUAUUCACCGAAGCCCACAGCAUCGCACCCACCCUAAAAUGCAUCGGCGUCUACUACGACGACCCGAGCGAGGUGGAAGUGCCGCGUCUGCGCUACCUUGUGGGUGUGGUGCUCAACGACACCGAACGGCCAGCCACGAAGGAGGUGAAGGAGCAACUGGAAGCUGAGGGCUUCAAGACUGCCAGCUUUCCAGCUGUGGAUCAUGCUGUCACCACUGUGUUCCCAUUCCGUGGCUCUGUCUCCGUGAUGAUUGCCAUGGCCCGAGUCUACCCAAAGCUCAGAGAGUACAUCAAGGAGAAACUGCUGUGCGCACGGCCUAUGAUGGAAAUCUACGAGGGUGAGCGUGUGCUGUUUGUCUGCCCACUUGCAAAGCAAGACGAGUUCUACGUUGAGGAAGCGACUGAAGACCCUGAGGAGGGUGCUACUUCGGACCCCGGCACCACCACUGCCUCUGAAGAGGAUCAUGCCGAGGAUGGGGAGGACGAGGAUGAAGAGGAGGAAGAGCUGCCAUCGCCGCCCACGAGCCAACCUGCGGCGAGCAAUGGCAAUGGUGGCAACGGAAACACUGAGGAAAGUGACCACGAGCGUGGCUCGCGCAGCAGCACCACAUCUUCCUUCGAAGAGCUGCGCCUUGAGACGGCAUCCAACUAGGCGCUGCUCCUCUCUGGCCUCACCAUGUCCUCCCCUCCCGAUUAUUCUUCCCCGGUGUUGCACGUGGGAUGUACACAACAUGCUCUUCCACAAGCGCACAAUGCUGCCACCUCUCUCUCCUUCAUCUCGGUGGUUAAACCUGGAGUUGUUGCUUUGAGGAGGUGUGCAUGCAGUUAUAGUUGUUUUGAAGGAGCGUUACUUGCUCUAUUGGAGGAGCGUCAAAGGGACUCUGGAGCAGUGCAGAAGGUUGCCACAAACCAUGCCUAUUCGAUAGUUGUCGCAACUAUCUGAGCUUGCAGCAGCAGUCAUUGGCUUAGAUUACUGCAGGAUCUGCUAAUCAAUAUUCAGCAAUUUUGUGCUAUGUGCUGCCGGAAUAGCCAACUGUCUGUCACACGAUGGCUAGCAUGCAGUGUCGUGCAAUGCUGUUCACCUCCAUAUUGCAAAGUGGAAAUUUGAAAGUUCUUUCAGGCUAGUACUCUGUGGGAAAAUGUGCAAGCAGCACAUAGUACUGAUGUCUAGUUUGUAUGGUCCGAGAUACCUAUGGACUGCACUUGUUUCUGUCCCUUCUGAAAUUACUCAUGCAGGGUUUCCUUCAGUAGACAUUUAUUAGUCUGGCCCAGGCAUGCAUAGGACCCAAAAUGAGGUAGUAGGUCAAUUAACAGUGUUUGCAUCGCCAGUGCAAUGUUGUUCCUGCUCUUUCUAUGUAUAUUGGGCAUGGUGCCAUCAGUCAUUGGCACGUCCUUUUGCACUGUGCAAUUAGAGCACUGCUAUUGUCUCCAAAAUGCUUACCAUGGGAUACCGGCUUUCAGUGGUAAGUGCACGAAGAUUAUUUGGUUGAAAUUGGCAGCACGAAAUGAAUGUGUUGACAGUGGGCAAAAAGGAUAUCAAAAGUAGGUCCUACGUCAUUUCUGCUUUUCUUGAACCUGCAUGCUGGCUUCUUCCCCCUCACAAGGUUAAGAGGUACAUCCCUUGCUGGCACAUCACAUCUUGUUUCCAGAGAACCAAACAAAAUUCAACAGUGAGCAAAAGCCUCGCAGCUAGAGAAUUCUUCUGCAAUGGGGACAGGGUGCUUCUGCUGAUGGAAUAAGACGAGCUUUUCAUCUAUGGAAUGCCCCAUUGCUCGUGUUGCUGCGACAUUGGAAAGCAAACAGAAAAAGGAAAGAAAAUGCAUCUGAUAACUUCAGUUUGACUGCGUAAGUGUCCACCUCUAUCUCCCUUAAACUCAGUGCUCUUUACUCAAGCUACUUCUGGAUUCUCUACAGCACUGUCAGAGUUCAGGAUUAUUGGCCAUAAAUUUAAAAUAGACGUCGCUGUGGAUAAAUAUACGUAGCGAGGAACCGACUGGGGCUGAACUUUCUAAUUAAUGUGGCACAUUCAGUGCAACUUUACUCUCUCUAGUCCAGCCUCUUGAGGUAAACUGCAAAAGUUAAUGAGUGAGCCCUGUGAUCUGAGCCUCAUUUUGCUUCAGUGGAUGCCAACUUUUCAAAAGUAUUUGUUUCUCUGUUUUUUCAUUUUUUUUCGCCCUUACUCAACUGCCUUGCUCGACGUCUUAAGGAAAGCAUUGAUGUUACGUUGUUGUGUCUUGUUCAGUUCUGUGUGCCACUGCCUUGUCACCGAAGCAGUGUUGUGUGCUUGUUGUAGAAGCAUGAUUUUAUGACGGCUGGCAAGCUAUGCCCGCCUUGGUUGCUAUCACUGACCUGGUGCCCUCUUGCUUUCCACUAUGUUGGGCCUUCAUUCAUUGCUGUUCAAACGCACUUUCGAAACGGCCCCGAGUCUUCCUUCCAAGCUUUGUGCAGCUGCGCUGUCAAGAGUACAUGACUGGCAGGUUCUGGUCAAUGCUGCAAGUACCAGCAUGUCAAGUUGUAGCAAAUCGCUACAGAAGCGGAAGAUGAAAAGAAGCACUGAAAUAAACUGGCAGCAUGUUUUCUUUUGCUUUAUUGGGAAUUCGCAAGGUUUCUACGAUGCUGUAUGUGGUUUGUGUGACAUUAAGCAGGGGCAGCAAGCAUUUUGUGAGCUUACGUAUACAGGAUCUAGAAUAGAGUAUUCCUUAAUGAAGGCGCACUGUUCAACACAGAACACAGAUGCAACACAAUAUACUGCGAAUAGUAGUUGUGUGCUGAAUUUUUUCUGCUCAAGAAAUGCUUUCAGACAGUUUUUCUAGUACUGUAAAACCUCGUUAAUACAUAGUUGGUGGGGAAUGUGGAUCUGAUACACACUAAACUAUGUACACACUAAACGAAUUAACCAGCAAUGGCAGAUUGAGCGGAUGUGGACUUACCGGCAAAAAAGAAAAUGAGUUCAUUUUCAAACACACAUGCAGGCAAGAUUUAUUUGCAAGCAGGCAGCAGAACAUCUGUUUUUCACUUGCCGCCACCAGCCAGUUUCUCCAUCAGGCCCCACUUCUCUAUGAACACUCUCGUGACAGUCGAUGCACUAGCCGUGCCAGAUACGAAAGGGCCAUCAUCCACAUCGUCGUCGUGGAUGACUACGUGGAAGCACUAGAAGCGACGGGAGCAGGAAACGCGUCAUGGCUACCACGUUUUGAAAUCACUUUUGGUGGCAUCAGCAGUCCGUGCACCACAAUUUCGCUAUCUACGGUUUGCGCACACGACAUUGUGCCGUUUCCACACUUGUACGCACUGAAAAAUUAAGUAAAUACUUCGCUUGAACUGUUUGGUGUGCGUUAAGAGACUAUGGCUUCAGAAGUCUGCCAACACACAAGGUUCAACGGCUACAGGGCAGAGAAUUCAUGACUAUAUUUAAACCAUAAUUACUUAUUAUGCAGGUACGUAUUAACGAGGCUUUACUAUAUGUACGUCUGCUGUUCUCAUAUAACUUCUGGCUUGUUAUGAGAGAGAAGAGGGCUUAUGUGAUUAACGAAUCGCUUGCACACCGCCACUUUUCUGCCUUCUGUACAUGAAGCUCGAACACAGAUUAAGGCCUUUUUUUUUUAACUUUGUACAACAAAUAAAAGGUUGUGUUAAUGUUAAACAUCGUAAUUAAGAAUUUGUUGCUGGAGCUACUUACACUAUUCUUGCCCUUUGUGCCACUUUCACCAUUUUAUGUGCACAGCGUGCUCCAUAUUAGGUGCUUGGCACAAUGGUUACUUGAUGAAAGUGCCGGAAUUGCUGAAUUGUUUUAAGGUGAGACUGCCGUUUGUGUGUCCACGUUUUCUUUCGGAGGUAGUUGUACAAUUCUCCAAGAGCUUCUAUAAUUAAGGUUUCAUCUGGCUAUGUUAUGCGAGGUAAAAAAAAAAGUUUGCUUCUAGUCGCAUACUUUUUAGGUAAUGGGCAUCUCGAGUAACGUGUGCUUGCUUGCUUACCAGUUGCAAACACCUAGCAAGACCUUUCGCAAUUAUUUGUCUUCUGACGGAUUAGUUAUUGCAUCUCAUCAUUGUUAGUUUUUAGUGUACCAAGAUAUACAUUGUCUUGAAGCAUUUGUAGCGAUCUUUUUUUUUCUUUCUGUGAUUCACUUUUCAAGGGGAAUUAGGUGGGACUGGAAUUUUGGUCGUUUCAUCCCUGUCUGCCACUAAAAUGAUUCUCCUUUGUUGUCAAGGGCUGAAUCUGAGCUCUUGGUUUAGUGCACCCAACUGUUGUAACUGUUAACGUGUAACCAUCCAUUGUUUCUCAGCUUGUUGCUAAGACAAGCAACAAAAAAAUAACUUACUUGUAUUGGAAACUGCUUCACUUGUUGAGACGGCAUUUUGCAUACUUAUCCCACUAACUUUUUCUUAACCAUACCCAGUUACUCCCUCCUGCAAGGUUUGUUGAUGUUGAAAAAUGUUUGUUGCCUCGAGUUGCACGCUGCCAAGGAGUGUAGUCUAGUGAUUGUUUCCAAAAAGUUCAGAAGUUUAACUUGCUACAUGUUCCCGCUUUGUACCUUUUGGGAGUUGAUUGAUGGUUUGAAAACCACAUGGAAGCAAAGUGGCAUUUCACCUUGUGUCUCUGAAGUGUUGCAGCAGAGUUUUUGGGAGGUUUUCCUUCUAUGUCAUUUGUUCUUGAAUUUCGUUGCAUUUCAUUCAUAAAGCACCUCUUUCAAUAAGUUGGUCGCAUAGUUCCUACAAAAAGUGUUUUUGAGUGAAGCUCUCACUCGGAUCGGUGCCAAGCUGCAUUGCUUUGGGCCUUCUAUAGACGUCGCAUUCGAGCUAAUCUGACAUAACUAUCGGAGCUAGGUAACUUGGGCGAAAGGAGGAAUGCUGCCACGGAUACCUAUCGGCUUUUGUACAACCAAGAGUAUGGCAUUAAACGUGAAACCUCAUUUUUGUAUUCGAGGUAAUCCAAGUCAAAAAGCAGGAAAGAGCGCACUGUGUGUCGUGAUACACAGUGCCCAAGUAAGUUUUGAGCCACUGGCCAGUAAUCGAUAGCCUUUGCAGUAAUGCCCAGAUCAGCUCGAAAUGUUGCAUACGCAUCUUACAAGAGUACUGCAUUAUGGCGCACAUUUACAUGCAUGUGUCCUCUCAAAUACAGUGCUGCUCAUUUCACAACAUGAGUCAGUAGGGUCUUGAAACCUGGCCAAAUGAAACAUGCUUACAUAUGCACAGCACGUAGGAGACCUUAAUAUUGUUCUCUUCUUAAUCUUAGUCCUUCAUUCACAUAACAAUAUAACUGCACUCUUUUAUGUUGCUGCAGUUUUAAAAACUCUGGGAGUAACUUGGAAUGCACCCUUGAACUGUUGCAUCACUUUCAGGCAACCUGUCCACUUGUUUUGCAUUCGGAAACGGUACUAAAUGAUGCUUAAGGUUUGUUUGUGCACUAGUUCUGUAAAGCACUACUUGGUACAUAAGACAUGAUGAAGACUGUAGUGCACAAGAAUGACAGAAAGAUUGUAUAACUAUAAUCACUUUAAUUGUUCAUGUUUGGGAUGUCCGGAUAUGAGUGGACCCUAUUAGGGACCCCCAUCAAGGCUCAAGUGAUGUUACCCGAAGAAUAGUGAAGGCAUUUUCCAUCACCUCCCCCUCCUUUUUUGGUUCAAGAUAUAAAUGCCAGUGUGAGGAGUGAAAAAAGGCGGUGCGGUUUCACAUAUUCAGUAAAAGCCUGCUUUGGACAUACAGUUGCCUGACGCAGUCUGGAGCACACCAUCCAAGCACCUCAAUCUUGGCUGCGACUGUGCACUUGACAACAAACAGUUGAGAUUGUACUGUGCGAGUCGCACUAAAGUCUUCUUGCAUCUUGCGUUACAAAUAGUGUAGUACCGAAGUGACAUCAUCUGGACUAGCCUUGUUCCAGCAGCCCUUAAUUUCCACACUUUAAAGAACAUGCCCCCGAGGUCUUUGCUCUGGGUUAUGUCUGUGUCACGGGCUUGAGCUUGGUGUGCAAGACUAAUGCACGCCAUGUGAAACCAGUAGCCAAAGAAGUGCUUCGACCAAGCAAGGAAACCGUUUCGUGUGCUUCCCUUUUUUUGUACAAUUUGUCUAGACAGACACUUUGAUGCAUUGUUCCUAACAUUCUCAUUUUCUUUUUUGCAUUGAAAUAAAUCGUGGCAGACUUCA